AUGGCUGCCCAAGACCGUCCCAAGCCUCUCCUCGAGGGCUCCCCUCAACCCGCCGCAACGUCUCCCCAUCCGCUGGACAGUCAGACGGCGGCCGACGACGACACAGCAGCGUUGGACACGGAAGACGACACCUCUCCUGCCGCCCUGGCGGCUGCGAACAGAGCCGCCGUCUCUCGUAACGCUGAAUUGGCUCCGAAUAUAGAGUCGUUCCAGUCCCCGGCCUCCCUCCCCGUCAUCCCGAAGUACCACAUCCGCACGCCCUCCGCUGCUGGCCUGUCCCUCCAGACCGAUCUCCCCUCCGAGCUUGCGACGACGCUGCCGAGUCAAUCGCCAAACACACCAACUAGAGUGGGGAGCAGAGGAGGAGUACAGAUCCGGGCCUCGGCGACUGCGCCGAUUGCAAUACCGGGGGCUUCGCUGAGAAGCACGCUGUCGGCGGCGAGCAUGACUAGUUCUCUCUCUCCCGGGUCUGCUGUCUCUUCGCCAAUGUUAAAUGCGUUGACGGACAUCACGCCCCUGCCAUCGCCGCUGGCAAUGGGCGACUCUCCAGGCCCGUGGAUGCGGGCGACACACGCACGUCCAGGCUCUCGGGGUUCGUCUGGUGUCACCCGCGACGACUCGUUCUUGCUCUCAACCAGCGUGACAUCUCCGUCGAAGAAAAAGAAGACUUACUCGGGUCUCAUGCCCACAGCGGUCGAGGGUGCGAGCUUGCAGUCGUAUCAGAAGAGUGAAUCGGGACACGGGCAUGGGAGGGACAGGAGUCUCAGCGAGUUUGUACCAGAGCCUCUUCACAAUACACGGCCGCGUCAGGUUACAGUGUCAGCUGGAUAUGGGCAUAUAGAAGCGGAAGCCGCUCUCCAUCGCGAGCAAUAUCUUGCAGCGCAACGUGGACCGUGUCUUGCAGUGCCAGCCUCCCAAACUGGACCCCAAGCAACUUUGCCAACGCCUCCUGCUAGCAAUCGAAGCGUGACCGAGAGCGAAGAGGAGGAGAUCCCCGAAGACACCGAAGGCGUCAAGUACCUUACUGUCCGCCAUAAGCCCAAUACGCGCAAGAAGCUAUGGCGAUGUGUGCGUCUGCUGGGCCAGGGAACAUUCAGCAAGGUCUACCUCGCGACCAGCGAGAAGAUCACCGCGAAAGACCCAUUGGACGAAUCGACGUUGAAUCCUAGAAAGCUUGUAGCUAUCAAGGUUGUCGAGCACGGCCCCGCUGGAGGUGCCGAUGAGCAACGCGUGGAGUUGAGCUUAAAGCGAGAGGUGGAGAUGCUGAAAUCCGUCUCGCAUCCCUCCCUAGUCCAUCUCCGGACAUUCGACUACGAUGACCAGGAGGCUCACCUUGUCCUGACGUAUUGUCCUGGAGGCGACCUUUUUGAUCUCGCCAGCGAGCAUCGGGAUCUCCUUACACCUGCCCUUUUGCAGAGGGUAAACGCAGAGAUGGUGGGCGCGGUGCGAUAUCUCCAUUCUGAAUUGAUCGUGCAUCGAGAUAUCAAGCUAGAAAACGUCCUCCUCAACAUCCCCGCCGCCACUCUCCCAUCAAUUCAAUCACCGCAGUCUUACCGAUACCCCCUGAUCACCCUCACCGACCUCGGUCUCUCCCGCAAAGUCUCCAACCCGCAAGAACUCCUCACUACCCGCUGCGGCAGCGAAGACUACGCUGCGCCUGAGAUCCUCCUCGGCCAGCCCUACGACGGUCGUGCCACUGACGCCUGGGCGCUCGGAGUACUCCUCUACGCUCUCAUGGAAGGCCGAUUGCCUUUCGAUCCGCCGCCUGGGAAAGCGGGUGCAAGGAGUCGGGCCGCACAUCGCAUUGCGCGGUGCGACUGGAUGUGGCAUCGUUUUGGCGAUGCGGAUGGCGAGUGGGAUCCGAAAGCCGGUGCGGAGUGGGAAGGCGGGCGUGAGGUUGUGGAAGGCCUACUCAAGAAAGUUAGUCGAGGUCGAAAGAGCCUUGACCAAGUUGCGGAGAUGGAGUGGGUGCGGCACGGCAUCUCCGUCGAAGGGGGAUUAAAGAGGAGGGAGCAUGACUUGGAGGACGAGAUGGAGGUGGAAAGGUAG